CCAUUUUCCUUCUUAUAAUUUUUCAUACAUCUUCACGCUGUGCAUGGAGAGACUGGGGCAACUAAUCAAAAAGGAGGUUGCGGAUGGAAGGUGGAAGCCGAUUAAACUUUCUAACAAUGGUCCCCUGUUAUCUCAUUUAUUCUUCGCAGAUGACCUCAUCCUAUUCGGGGAAGCUUCGGUGCAACAAGCAGAAACUAUACUAAAGUGUUUCAACGAUUUUGGUGCGGCAUCGGGUCAACAAAUCAGCAAGCCCAAGUCCCAGGUCUUUUUCUCCGGCAACGUUACCGCAAGCUCCGGCCAGGCUAUAAGCUCAUCUCUGGGAAUCCCGGCUACUAAUAACCUGGGGAGGUAUUUAGGUGUCCCAGUCAUUCAUGAUAGAGUUUCGAAGAAUACCUUCACAGCUCUCAUUGACAAGAUUGAUGCGCGUCUAGCGGGGUGGAAGGUGGCAAGUAUGUCUCUGGCAGCUCGGAUUACUCUCGCCCAGUCAGUCCUGACAUCUCUUCCCGCCUACACAAUGCAAACAACCCUGCUACCGGCCAGUGUAUGGGACUAUAUCGACAGGAAGAUAAGAGGCUUUGUAUGGGGAAGCUCGGAAGCAGGCCGCAAGAUACAUCUUAUUGAUUGGAAUACCGUUUGUCGCCCCAAAGAAGAGGGGGGGGGGGGGGUUGGGGCUCCGUAGUGCAGCUCUCAUGAAUGAAGCAUUUAUGCUUAAAAUCGCCUGGAGAUUACUCACGGAGCCGGAGAGCCUAUGGGUGCGAGUGAUUCGAGCCAAGUAUAUGUCCCAGUCCGAGGAUGGGCUCGUACCGCGCACGACAUGGCGAAAUUCUAAUCUUUGGAGGGGUGUACUACGAGUCAUGCAUCUGAUUCCCGAGGCGUUAAUGUGGAACGUUUAGAGUGGCAGUCAAACCAAUUUGUGGUUUGAUCGGUGGCUUAAUGAUGGACCUCCCUUGGCGGAAUUUGCAGCGAAUCUUCCAGAGGAGGCGAGAUCGAUGAGGGUGGCUGAGCUAGUGUUGAAUGGGGAAUGGAACGUAAGCUAUUUGAGAUUAUUCCUCCCCGAAAGCUGGGUAGAAAAGAUAAAGCUCCACCCGAUCCCGAUUGACACUGGUCAUGAUAUCCCGCUUUGGCGGCUUACUCCGAAUGGGAGGUUUAGCCUAAGUCAGCAUACGAAAUCACGGAUGAGGAGGAGAGGCCGGGCGGAUCGCAUCCAGUUUGGAGGGCCGUUUGGCGUAUCCCGACAACCCAGCGGGUCCGAUCAUUCUUUUGGCUCUUCGUGCAUGACAGGUUGCUGACGAAUGGAGAAAGAUAUCGCAGGCACUUGAGCACGACAGCGACAUGUCCCAUAUGUGAUCAUGAGCAGGAGAGUGCACUUCAUGUGGUCAGGGACUGCUCCCUGGCUCGUGCUGUGUGGGCCGAUAUUCUGGGGAACGAACCUGACAGAGUUUUUUUCCAGGAGAACAGGAUGCAGUGGGUACUCCACUAUAUAGCUGGCCGAAGUAAAAACAUCGAUCCCACUCUCUUUGCGGGGGUAUGCUGGCUUCUUUGGAAGAAUAGGAAUAAGUUUGUUUUUGAACAAGAGCUAAGCCACCGGAGGUGAUCAGGCGUAAAGCGGCAGAACUACUCCAUCAAGUAACAGAGGCCUCGAAGCGGGAUGUACUAGAAGGGAAAAGCUCUCCGAUGGGGCGUAGGCAAGAAAUCAGAUGGGACCCUCCGGCACGGGGAUGGGUCGCCUUAAACACAGAUGGUUCGGUGAAGAAUGGUCAGGCCGCGGCAGGGGGUGUUCUUAGAGAUGACAGUGCCCGAAUCCUGAAAGCGUUUGCAGGGAACAUUGGUGAAGUCUCAAUUACGAGAGCUGAGUUGGAAGGUAUGGUGCAUGGCUUGAAGAUGGCUUGGGACGAGGGCUUCCGGCGGGUAGUGCUCCAAACUGACUCACAAGCUGCCAUCCGUUUGAUUGAAGGAGCAGAAGAGAGGACCCCUCAUUUCCUGGCGGUGCAGUCUGCUCGCCGGCUUCUGGACAGAGAUUGGCAAGUCCGGCUUGUUCACGUAUUUCGUGAAGGGAACUAUGCUGCAGAUUACCCGCCGCAGUGGGACAUCGACUGCCGAUCGGUUUCCAUUCUAGAGAGGAGCCGGAUCCAGUCCUGAACUAUUGAAUGUACUUUGAUGUUAUGGGGGUGGAAACAUCUCGUAUUAUUAAUGUCUAACGGUUGGAGUGCCCGUCGCACUCCGUUUUCUCACCAAAAAAAAAAAAAAACAACCAAGAGCCAACAAAAUUCAACACUUGCUGCCAAAUGUAAAAAGGGCAAGCCAGCCCAUCCCCACGCCAAAUUCCAUCAUGGUUUCGUUACAACAUUGUCGUUGUAGCUAAUGGCCCAAAAUUUAAUAUAAUCAAAUGGUACAAAUAGUUAGUAUCCUUUGAGAAUUAUACAUUUGAACCCAAAAACAUUCAUACUCAUCUAGUAUUCUUCUCCUUUGUUCUCUAUUCUACUCUUCACAUUUUUUAAAUUCGUCUAAUAUUUUACUCAAUUGAGGACUCUUAACAUAUCCAGGUGGGUCUAGUAGAUAAACUAAUUUUCAAAAGAGUUAGUGUUUGGAUUCUUAUAUUUGUUUCACUCUCUCAAUAAUCAAUUUUGUAUGUUUCACUCUCUCAAAAAUCAAUUUUGUAUUGUAUCUUCAGUUUUUAUUAUUAUUUAAUAAAAAAUUUGAUAAAUUUACGGGAACAAAUUUUUAGGACCACAUUUUAAAUUUUCGAACAAGGCCUCCGAUAAUCAUGAGCCGACCCUGUCCCUAAUAAUGCAAGGUUAAAAGCUCCCAGAUCCUUAUUAGUUCACUGAAUGAAUGCAAAAAAGACAAGUUUAAGUUGGAUGGUUAGACAGGGAUUGUUUGUAAUUCGACAUUAUGGUAAAAGAAAUAAUUCGAUAUGCUUUUUCCAUCAUUGAUAAAGAAGAUUUGAGGUGUUGAUUUUCUCAAUGUCUGUUGUUAAAACAUCAUUUCUUAUCGGAUUAGAGAAAAUCAGACCAUUACCACCCAGAGAUCAUGGCCUCAGAAGAUCAUGAACCUGACCACGAUGAGGAACGUACACUUGCUCAUGUGUAGGAAAGUUGCAUCCAAAUUUGUUGUCGGAGGGUUUGAUGGGAAUCAGUGACUGCAAAUGUUCGAGAUAAUUCGAAAAUAUUUUAUAUUACUAUUCUAGUGAUUUAAAAGCAAUCGGUACAUGUUGACGUCGUUGGAUCUUUAGCUUUCAGAAAUGAAGCACGCCCACCUCCGAACAAUGAUGAUGUGUCCUGCUGCUGGUACGUUCACAUGGGAACGACAUGGUAGAGGAAAAAGGCCCCCCUGAAAAGCCCAAAGGUUUGAUGGAUGGACGGCCACCAAAAAGAAGAAGCAGAACAGGAAAACGACAACCUGGCCUGUCAGAUAAUUAGUGACCAAUUUUGAUGAAAAUCUUAAGAUCUACUCUAGAAACAAGUGAAAAUUGGUAAGGGUUAACGUACAGAUGAAUGAUGAUAAAGGCUAGUAAUAAGUAGGGGUGUUCAAAUGGUUACCAUGGUUAUUAUCAAACUAAAUAAGGCUAAAUUUCAUUAAUCAUGGAAUACAAUUUCAUAACCAAACCGUCCAAAUUAAUAUAACAACCAAAUUAACCAAACUAAUGUUUAAUCGGUUUGGUUAAUUGGUUAAUCAUAUUAACCAAUAUAAAAUCACAUUAUCAUUAACUGAGAAAUUUUUUGGUUAAUUUAUCAAUUCACAAUUUAUAUAAUGAAUAAAACAAAAAAUCAACACAUAGUUAUAGUAGACCCUUAACAUAAAUACUUGCAACUAAGACAAUUAUCUUACGGUUAGUAUAGAAGUAUUCACCUAACAAAAAUUUAUCACAAUGGUAUGGGUUAAUGAAUUGUUGUGUUUGUUUGAAUUGACUUAGUCUUUUAGCAAUUUUCAUAGGCUGAAAAGGACCUUGCUUUCAAGUUUUCAUCCAAUACAAUGUAUGAGAUUUA